AUGGAUCUUACACACGAAGGAUAUCGUUAUAAGCUGAUUGAAGUACAAACCGAGGAAGUAGAGGAAUUGAACUCUGAAGAAAAGUUCAGCGAUAGCGACAGAUACAUUUUAGAUUGUCGAAAUAUCAAACCAGAAGACAUUUUGAGCAAAUUAACAGCAUUCUACCACCAAAUUAAACGGUCAAAAGUUUCCUAUGUUUGGAUAAACUGCAGCGAGGGAAAAUUUCUCGAAAUCAAGAAACGUUUAGUCAAAUUAAUGGCAGAAAAUAAUGAAUUGUCUCGCGGCUUAAGAAAUCACGCAAUCUUGAAGUUGACCACACAAGAUCAUACAACACCUGUCAUGGAUGCUUUGAAAAUAAGCAUCGACGUUCUAAAUUUUGGAAAAAGUCUUCUUGAUGUUUAUCGUCUAAUGGAUGCCCAUCCCGGAAUUCUGAAUGGAAAAGUCCACUUGCACAAUUCUCUUAAGAGAAAGCGGUCAGUCGAGAUUGUUCCUUCGGAUUCUGCUGCUGAAUUGGUAAAUAGGCCCUACGCCGAUCAACGUCGACCCGGUAAAAAAGUGUUUAAAGCCUUAAAAAAAAUGGUAGGAAAACCAGAUAACAAGGGGUCUAAAAAGAAAUGUUACAUGUGCAAUCUAAGUUCGGUAUUUGAUCAACUCUGCGUUGAUUGCCACUUUCUAAAUGGCGAGAUGAAGAAAUCCUCGUGUGAUUUAAAGGGGAGGUACGCUAUAGUCACCGGAGGUCGAAUCAAGAUCGGCUUUGAGACAGCUCUCCGCUUGUUGAGAGACGAUUGUUUCGUCAUUGUCACCACUAGAUUUCCGGCCAACGCUGUGGAACGGUUCAGCGGACAGGCAGAUUUCAACGUUUGGAAGCACAGGCUAAAAAUUGCACGUCUUGAUCUCCAGAACAUGCAAUCAAUCGAAGGUUUCCUUGGCUAUGUUCAACAGAGCAUUCCUCACCUCGACAUCUUAGUCAACAACGCCGCACAAACAAUCUUUCGACCGUUUCCUUACUACCAGUCUCCUCAUCUCGGAGGAGGUAAAGAAACUACCAAACUUGGCCAAAGAUGGGAACAAUGUAGUCGUGAAUCAAAUCCAGGCUCUUGA